AACAUGGCAGACUCUGAGAGGAAGCACAAGCUCGCUGCCGCCAGGAAAAAGCUAAGGCAAUUCCAAAAGAAAAAAGGCACAAAGCAUAUGAUCGAAGGCGGCAGCAAGGACGGCACUUCAGAGGUGGAGGGAAGUCUGACAGAAGAGUCAAGUCUACAGUCAGAAUCAGGCACCCUCUCUUCACGUGCAUCGUCAGUUGAUCUGGUGUCAGAGGAAUUUACAGAAAUUAUGGAGGAUGAUUCUCUUGUCUCAUCUCAUGAUUUACAGUCAUAUCCUCAGACUCUGAUCAGUGAAGAGAAUGGGAGCUGUAUGACACAGAUACAUCCUCCUGGUGGCUAUGACCCAGGAACACACAUUACAGAAGGGGAAACAGAGACAGGAGUGUCAUCACCUCCUUCGGCAAUAGAAGAUACAGUACAAGUGACACAGAAUAGGAUUAAAUAUACAGAAGUAGUGUCAACUAUGGAAGUCGAAAAUGCAAGGUAUGAUGUCGCGGCCAACAGAACUGUCUCAGCGGAUGAUGAACAAGCACAGGAGGAAGAAAAUACUCCUUUAAACAACAUUGAUUAUUCUUUUCAACCUCUGGUGGUAGAAAGUGAAGUUACUAACCAUGAUUCAUGUUCAGUAGCCUCUGAUAAUACAGACUCACCUGAUUUACUGCAAAAUGAAUUGUUUACUUUAAAACAAGAGGCCGUCACAAAUGCUGCAUUUAUCCAGAUACCUGAACCAAAUGAACAGAAUACAUAUGUAAAUAACAGGAAAGCUGCUAGGCAGCAAGUAAGUUUUUCGAAUCCAAUCAUACCAGAACUCCCCAAAGAUGAACCGGAUACUGAGGCUCUUCCCAGUGACCUUGAUUCUGUAUCUGAACAGACAAAUGCCCCUGAUGUGUUUGAGAGAGAAGGUUCAGUCAGCUCUGAAACUACCGCAAGUGUAACAACAGCGAUACAUGUAUCUACGGGGGAGACUCAAGGUGAACCUCUUCUGAAAUCUUCUUCGGAGAGUUUGCGACAGAUCUCCCUGCAACUCAGCGGCCUUAUGAGUGAAAGUGAGGGAUCAGCGCCAGGAUUGCCUGACUUGACAAUCUCUGAACUAGAGCGACGGAACGCUGAGUUGGCAGCACUGCUUCAGAAGGAGUGUGAAAACUCACAGCAACAGACACAGCACACCAUUCAGCUGGCGAGUUGUAAUAAAGCCCAGCUGGAGAGGCUGGAAGCGGAGUUAGCUGCUGCCCACGCUGUCUUGAACUCUGCUGCCGGUGGAGGUGCAAGGGAGGUAGAAAGCUUGAGGGAGCAACUGCAGGUGCACAUUCAGACUAUAGGCAUCUUAGUGUCGGAGAAGUCCGAGCUGCAGUCCAACCUUACUCAUGCCAAUUAUGCUCUUAAACAGAAAGCAGGAGAGGUAAUAGAACUGGAUGGGCGACUGAGUGCUUCUCGCCAGCGAGUGGGAGAGCUGGAAGCUAGCCUUAAAGAUCUAACCUCCCAGUGCACAGCUGCCAAGUCACUACAGGACACACUUUCAAAGGAACUGGAUGCUACCAAGAUGACAAAUUUCAAAACAAACAAAGUUUGCGAAGAGCUGAAGGCUAGCGUGGCAGAGUUGACUGAACGUCUCAGUGUGAAAACUGGCGAUUACGACACAUUAUGUUCCCAGCUCACCGACACCAAGAGCCAGCUGGCAAUGGCACAACUUCAUGUCCAGCAACUGAGAGAUGGUACAAGUGAGGAGAUCCAGUGCCAGCUGGAACAGGUGCAGGCAGCUCAUCUAGAGAGCCAGAGACAGCUUCAAGCAACCCAGACAGCUCUCUCCCAGGCACAUGCUGACAACGCCAAAGUGGCUCUGCACUACCAGCAGUACACCACGCAGUUAGCAUCACAAACUCAGAGUUUGCAAGAGCAAAUUAAACACUUGAUUGUGGAAAAAGAAGAAUUAUCAGCAGCUCUUGAAGAUACCAAAGAUAAACUUGAGGCUGCUUCAACACCAAGUCCUUCACCAGAUUUCAACCGUGAUGAAAUGGUCGCCGAGAAGGAGCAUCUGAAGCAGACUGUUACAGCUUUACAAGAUGAGAUACUUCAGCUAAAAGAACAAAAUGCUGCUAUGACAAAUGACAACAGACAACUCUCUAAACUGGUGGAUCAGCUGUCUUGCAACGUGGAGGAACUGGAGAUGAAGAUAGAACGAAGCCACACUGAAGAAGUGGACACAUCGCAGCUGCUUGCCGCCAUGCAGAGUGACAAGGUUGCUGCUGCUCGUGCCCUUACUCAAAAUAAACAGCUUAAAGAGCAGCUGGAAGAACUACAGAGUGGUUUUAUUAUAAUGAGUAACAAGAAACUAGAGCUGACAGAAAAAUUGGAGAAGGAAUUGCAUGUAAGAAAAGCUCUCAACCAGGAGAUUGCAACAUUGAAUGAGGAUAUUACAAACAUGAAGCAGCAGUUAGUUGAAAAAGAUAGAGAUAUUACAGUCUUGAGAGAAAAUGGAGAAUCUCUCGGUGCACAUCUGAUGUCAAUAAACCAAAGUCAACAUCAGACUGACGUAAACCAGAUGAUGCAGGCCAUGGAACAAUUAUCCAAGGAAAAUACAACAUAUGAAGAACAUGUGAGCAAACUAGAAGAAAAACUAAGACUCUCUCAGGUUGAAACAGAAGAAUUGUCAAGACAGAACUCAAAACUCCAUAACCUUAUAACAGCAUAUAGUUCUCAGACAACAAGGAAUGAGAAUUUACAGUCAACCACUGUAAACACUUCAGAUGAAAUGAAUUCCGAAAAUAAUGAGGGAAGUAGUAAUUUAUUAUCCGAAAUUGCUAGCCUUACGGCAUUAGUGAGCAAACUUGAGCUGGAGCGCAACAACUUGCAGUCUCAGCUUAAUUCCGAGAGGACCAAAUGUGCCAAGUUGUCACAAGAUGCUGCACAAGAGCUCCCACAGACUGUAAUAACCUCUCAACCAACAGCGACACAACCAAGCAAAGAAUUGUCAGUCGAGAGUUUCCUCAGCUUGCAGGAAGCACAUAAAGCUCUGGAAGACAGAUUUAGCCGAAGUAUGAAGCAAGUAGCGGAGUUGAGCGAUGACAAGCAGCGUCUGGAGCACGUAAUCCAGCAACUGCAGGUUGAAACUGAAACUAUAGGAGAUUAUAUCACAAUUUACCAGUUCCAGCGAGGGGUAAUGAAACAGCAGGCACGAGAACGUGAAUUGGAGUUGUCUAGCCUCUUGCAUGAACGAGAGGAAAUGAGGAUUAAGCUUGCAACUUUACAAGACUUAGUGUCAACUCUAGCACUGGAGAAGGGGCCAGACCACGAGAAGGUGAUCAAGAUGACCAAUGUUAUCAAGAGUCGGUCUUCAGUCCCUCAUGGUGUAGAGAAGGGUGUACCCACGCUGGUUAAUGGUACAGCUGCUGAAGAGACUACAGUUGAUGUAACAGAAAGCACAACUCAUGCUGUGAAUGGGGAAGACCAAUCACUUGGAGAAGAUACGAGAUCUCCCACGAGUGACUCUGGCAUACCAGCACGUCCUGAUGUGUAUCACCUUGGAGAAGGCUAUUCAAAGAAAAGCCCAACUGUACAGAGAAUAUUGGACCUCUUAAAUGAAAUGGAAGCAACCAGUCAGGUUGAGCACUGUGGUUUGCAGAAGUUCCAUCCAUGUCCUUUAUGCUCUGGGAAACUUAUAACUGUAUGAAAAGAAGAAUUAUACAGUAAUAACUUUUUUUAGUAGUGCAAGAUGUUGGAAAGGAAUAAUUUUUUAAAUUUAAAGUUCUAGAUCAGUGCUUCACUUAUAAUUUUCCUUCUUCAAGACUACUAAAGUGUCCAACUUGUGUUAUUUUAACACGCCGGUCAUAAGUACCAACACUUAUGCUUUGUCAUAACCUCAUUCAGUAAUUUUCUAUUGAUGAUUUAAACUGCAUUUAUCCAGCAGUGAACUAUUUAUUAUAAGUUAGUGGUGUCAGUUGUGUAAAGAUAUUAUAUUUAUUCAAAUGCUACUUUUGUGUACUUAUGUAUGCAUAUAUACCAGUAUUAAGAGGUUUAUGAAUUCCCCUGUUUCCUAAUAUCAUGUUUUUUUUUCCCCUAUAAUCUACCUUGUCCAUAAUUACUAUCACAUUUCCUUUGUCUGCAGACAAAGCAAAAGCAAUAGUAAUUAUGGACAAGGUAGAUUUUAGGGGAAACUAACAUAUUAUUGGAAGACGGGGGACCUGAUGUGUCCCUCGAUGCAUCUAGUAAAGGAAAUCCUGAGAGCCAAUCUUGCAGUCAGGCUGUUGUUACUUGCACACACAACAGCUGUGCCACAAAAUUAAAAACAUUUCCAGAUGCAGUACUGGGGAAAGAUGUCAUGAAGUGCCCCAGUUGUUGUCACUAGUUCUGUGAUGUCACAGACUUCACAGUAAUGCUUGUGUUUGCAAUUGAAAUUUCACAAUUUUGUGGAACUAGCACACAGUGUUGGACACAUGAGCUAGAUGUUGACAGUAUUAAAAUCCCUGUGCAAUACUGGAAUUUUCUGUAAACCAAAUCGGUUAUGGUCUCAGUAGUAGUAACCAGUUACCAGUAACCAGUGUACCAACUUUAUUCCGAAACGUUUCGCCUACACAGUAGGCUUCUUCAGUCGAAUACAGAAA